AUGGACAAGGAGCAUGUUAUUGACGCAGACAAGGCUGGCUACUCUCCCUCUUCCUCAUUAAUCGGUAUGGUGACCGCCGGUGGGAGAUCAAUGGUUUAUCAGUUCACGUCUUUCUAUCUCCGUGCGCCGAUGAAGCUGUUCCGGCCUGCACGAUAUGACUACACGCACUACCUGCGGAUUCUGCUAACAGGAGAGGACAAGGUCAGUCAACCGCAACGCCCGAAGCCAUCCGGACAGUGGUUUCGCAAUCCUGCGUACACAUACUACUUGGAAAACUCGUCGGUUGGCGUCUUGACGCGGGCUUUGAAUAAGUAUGGCUGGAAGGUGCUACCGGAUAGAGUGCUGCCGCCGCUUGUGCUCAAUUCUGCGGCCGGCGUGGUGCUGUAUACGACAUACUUAUCGAGUCUUUCGUUUCUGCGAGGCCCUCUGGGGGCCGGGGGAGAGCAUGGACAGUCACCUCCGCGGAUAUCCGAUGUGGUAUGUGCGGGAUUCAUGGCCGGAGUAGCCCAGGCUGUUGCAUCUGCACCAAUUGAUGCAAUAUACACGCGCUCCACUGCAAAUGACCUUCUUUCUUCCGCCAAGAAAUAUAACAGCCUAUGGCUGUAUGGGAUUGACAAACUGAAAGAGAUCGGGCUGGUGGGAUGCUUUGGGGGAUUCGGAUUAUCCUUGGUGAAGGAAAGCGUGGGCUUUGCCGUGUACUUCACUACUUUCGAGCUCCUCAAGGGCCAGGUUUGCAACAAGACGAUAGAAUAUUUGGAAGCGCACAAGAAGCUGAAGGCCACUGGCGCCCAGUCCGCCAAUGAGGGUUCUGAGCAGUACUUACCAGCUAAGACUACUUCCGAGGGUUACAUGAGCCAACGCGAAAAACAGUGGUUGCAAAGGAGUUUUGUGUUUGGAGCUGGCGUAACAGCGGCAUUCGCACUUCAGCUGGUACAGUACCCUAUGCUCAAACUUCAAAAAACCCACCUAUCACGUCUGGAAGCCUUUGAUAUUUAUCAAAAAGCAAUUGCUAAUCUGAAGGACCAAUCUACAAUUGAACCUAAGAUAAGCAAGAUCCGAUUGCGGGGAGGUAACACAAGACUACUUCAUCUCUAUUUCAACUCUUAUAUUGAUACGCUCGAGCAUGUUGCCUCCAUCAGUAAGAGUACAGGAACGGCCCGCUGGCUGUAUAAGGGUUUCCUGAGAAAUACUCUGGCGAUUAUCCCAGGCACUGCUACUGGGUUAUUGUUGCUAGAAUAUAUGAGGACGUCACUUGAUGGUAGUGCACAAUAUUCAUCACCAUUGGAAUAA